CGAUAGUGAAAGAAUUUUUUUGAGUGUUUAUUGAACCAUAUCAUGAUCCCUCCAAAACUCUUCCUUUCCAACCUAGUUGAACGACCCCUUCACGUAGCCAGCCCUUCCUCCGGUCGUCCUUGACGUUUUCUCACCAACCUCGGCUUGACGCUGUCCAAUGGUUUCUGAUCCCGCUUGUAUAACCGACCUGCCGCUUGAAGUAUUAGAGCAUAUUCUGGUGAUUUCGGACCCCAUUGAUGUCGCAAGUACAGCCCAAGUGUGUCGACUCUUCCGCAGGCUCGUCUACUCUGACGAUGAUGAGCAUUUCUGGCGAGCUCUUUACUUGGCACAGUCAUUUGAUGAUCCCCGUCAGGCGGUCACCUACCUCGGCAAACGCCGGACUGACAUCAAAUGGAGGGAAGAGCUACAGCGCAUCAUCCGCGCAAAGACAGUCGUGAAUGAUAUUACUGUCUGUCGACCAGAUGAAAGAUGUCAGGUGCUACGAACCCUGCUCGACAUAGUGACGAACGUACCGCCUCUACCUUUCCCUGAGAGCGAGCCAACGUCCCGUAAUGUGUUGUGGAUGCAGACGCUCCUGCAGGACGGCGUGUUCCUUGAUCUGGAGAGCCAUUCGCAUGAAGAAGAACAACUACGCGCACGCUUGCACACAUGGUUUGGGUUGACUGACAGAGACGCUUUGGCAACGACGAGAGUAAUAUCCCGAGCAUAUGUUUACAGUCAGCGCAACUACCUGUCCUCAAACAACUUUGGGCCUUUUAUGCGAGAUGGGAGUGGAGUAGUCAAUUGGGUGCAUAUGCAGAAGCUCGCACACGUCUUCGCUAGCGCGUUAUUGGAGAGGGAGGGGGAUGAAGAACUUGCUUUUGAAAGUUGCUCCCUGAGCCUGACAUUCUGCCAGGCCGUCAUACCGCCCAGCCUGAAUCUGAACCGCGAGAAUGAUUGGGCUGGCGUCGAAGGCUUGUGGCGCAUCUCCUAUUGUUUCAUGGAUCAUCGGGAGUUACUAAUCUAUAAUGACCCCAAUUCGCCGGAGGAUGAACCACUUGAUCACACUAUAUUUGAAGAGGGAGAGUUGGAAGAGACGUUCAGUGCAAUAGACAUAUUUUUCCGCGUAAUCAAUGUCGAGCAAGACCCGGAUCAUCCGGCACGGCCAAAAAUCAACUACGUAGGAGAGAUGGAUGGCAAUUUCUCCAUCGUCGGCUACGUCAAACUCACGCCUGACGACCAGAUACGAUGGCACUUUGUCGCUGGUAACGGAGAUCAGCCAGUGUGGUGGGGUGAAGCGAUUGUUAUGGGCAACAUCCGUUCUCAAUAUGGAGUUCUUGGAGCUUGGUCUACGACCAUGCAUGACCUACAGGAUCCCAUUGGUCCAUUCUGGAUGCAGUGCCAGCAUCCCAUUGAAGACUAAUCUCUCUACCGUUCUCACCUCCGACCAUCCAACGUCCUGUAUUGUCCAUAUUUUCAUUGGGAGUGAUUGCUACAAAUGUUGUACAUGUAGUAUGUGUUAUUUGUUCUUUUUUGGGGGACACAUGGGGUCUGAACAAGAUGUAAAUCAACACCUAAUAUUGACAUUGAUCGAACACGUUGGGUUGCCGACUCGGAAUUGAUCAUGAUCACGAGUCAUGCCUUCA